AAAGAACAGAUGUUCUUAAGACCCCCGUCAACCUUUUGUUUUUACUUCCGACCUUUGGAGUGAAGAGUGGGCAAAACCGACCAUGCGUACACACAAACACACAAUUCGCACUGUCAUUUACAUAGUUUUGUUGACUGCAGUUCAGCGGCGAAAAAGGACUGGCUGGAUUCUCCGAGACACUUCAGAGGGAAACCAUUUAAACUGAGAGGCGCGCGACCGCCAGCUUGUCUCGCGCAGCACACAUUCAGCACUGCACGCUCUCUUCUAGUGUGCGUCACAUCGUUGCGUCUCUGUCAGCCGCGGAUGAAUUAAAGGUCUACCCGAGUCUCCAAAGAAGAUUCAAGAACAAGGAUCAUAUUUUAACCAUAAUGCCAAAAAUGGUUUCAACCGGGGAUUCAAAAGACCUGUCAAAGUCAUCACAGAGCAAUGGACAUCACACAUCACAAAUAUUUCAUUGUUUAACGACCCUCGUAUGUUUCAUGUUGUCGGCGUCUUCGGUGGCAGUUUGUCUGUUUAUGAACGUCAAAACAUCUCAUCUUGAGCGUAAAAUGGAGAUUCUGGAGAUGGAGCGACUGUCUGUGAUUGAACCUGUGCACGCGACACUGGAUGCGAACGCGACCCUUCGGGACGCGAUAGAGAAACUCGUGCAAGAGAGACUCAAAGAGGGAGUAUCGAAAAUUCGCACAGCUCGAGAAGCAGCGCAAGAGUGCUCGUGUCCUCCAGGUCCUCCGGGAAAACGGGGAAGAAAAGGCAACCCUGGAAUUCCAGGCACUCCAGGACGAGAUGGCUACCCGGGUCCAAUGGGUAUGGAUGGUAAACCUGGACCUCCAGGUCCAAAUGGCAGCCAGGGAAUGUCGGGACCGAAAGGAGAGAAGGGUGACCAGGGAGACAUGGGUCCCAGGGGACCACCGGCCUACGCUGCCUCUGCAGGCCUGCUCAGUAAUCAGAUUCUCACGGUUAAGGGUGAUCAAGGUCAGGCUGGACCCCCAGGUCCCCCAGGAACACCUGGUCCCAGAGGGCCUCCAGGAAACACCGGCAGAGAUGGGCCGCAGGGCCACCCAGGAGAACCAGGUGCUCCUGGAAAAGAUGGAAAUGAGGGACCAAGAGGGCCACCAGGCAUGCAGGGUAUGAAUGGUGUCAAUGGCAUACCUGGCCCACAGGGCCCUGUAGGGCAAAAGGGGGAUAAGGGCACCCCAGGUACUGAAGGGAAGAGAGGGACUGAUGGAUCCCCUGGCAUGAAGGGUGAAAAGGGAGAUGUUGGAGAUCCAGGACCCCAGGGUUUGUCUGGAGAGAAAGGAGCUACUGGCUUCAUAGAGAAUGCUGAUCUGGCUGUUAGACUAAAAACUCUACAGGGGCCUCCAGGCCCUCCAGGGGAGCAAGGGCCAAAAGGAGAAAUGGGCUUACUUGGAGCACCAGGACCUGAAGGAAAGCAGGGCCAUAAGGGAGAGAGAGGUAAUGCAGGAGAGCCUGGAGCAGCAGGAGCCAAAGGGGAAAAGGGUGACAUUGGGCUAACAGGGCCUUCAGGGGAAGCAGGGCAAAAGGGAGAUAAAGGAGACUCUAGGCUUGAGGACAGUCUGGCCCAGAUUAUCUCUAUGCCUGGCCCACCAGGGCCACCUGGACCCCCUGGGCCUGCCGGAUAUCAUGGAUUGCCUGGACCCAAGGGAGAUCCUGGUGAGUCAGUUAAAGGAGAAAAGGGCGAUGCUGGAGAGAGAGGUCCACUUGGGCAGCGGGGUCUUCAAGGCUUUCCAGGGUCUAAUGGCUUGGUAGGCCUGCCAGGUGCAAAAGGUGAAAAGGGGAAGCAAGGUGAACCAGGUUUAGAUGGUUUCCCAGGGUUUCAAGGAGAAAAGGGGGACAGAGGAGACAAUGGGGAGAAGGGUGAAAGAGGCUCAAUAGGAAAAAAGGGUCUGAAAGGACAGAAGGGAGAGCAGGGACCCCCAGGGCUUGAUCAGCCUUGUCCUGUGGGCCGAGAUGGGCUGCCCAUACCAGGAUGCUGGCAUAAGUAAUGACUAACCUGGAGCAUGGAGUUUGUACAUAUUGAUAUAUAUUUUGCAAGUAAAAUAAGCUUUUUCUCCCAAUUUUUUAAAAAUCAUAUCUUAUUUAAUAAAUUGGGUUUUUAUAUGGGAGCCCUUUUAAAAAUAAUAUCUGUAUCGCUGCAUUAACAAAAGAGAGGCUCUCCACUGCCACAAUAACAAGUGUAGAAAAGCAAUGAAGCGAGCAUCAUAGGUACUGAGACUGUACUGAUAUUAGGAAGAUACAUGAACUCAAUGCUUGUGGAUGCACAGAGAAUGCUGCUCUAGUCCUAAAGAAGAGAACAUAACCCUGGACUUUCUAACAGACUGGCCAAUGUGUCUGCAAAUGAUCACUUCUUCAAUGGCUGUCUUACUGUCCUGGGCCUCAUUUGAAACAACCAACCCCAUCCAUUCUUUGCUAAAUGUUUUCUUUGAAAGCAAGAGGCUUCAGGGCAGGGGGGCAAAGCCAAGCACCCAUCUCAUCCCUAAAUGACACUGAAUGGGAUAUAUGGAGGGAGUAUGCUUUGCCAGUUCAGCUGGAUGUUUCUAACGGAAGGGCUCACCUGUACUACAGGGAGAAACGCAAUGUGGACGUUGCACUGGAUUUGUACUGGUGUACAUAUGGACAAAUCUGUAUUUGGGAAAUUCUUUACACUUGGUCAACAGGAAACAGCUUACUGUCUUUUGUUCCAUUUCUCACUGAAAUACACCAGUGGAGAGGUGGAAAAAAGUAUAACAACUGAUCAUGUAAACUGAUCAUGUAAAGUUGUCAUUGUAAGCCUUGUCUAUUUUUUAUAAGAUCCCUCAUAAACUCAAACAACUUUGGUCUUUUAUUCAUUGUUUUUGUGAGGUUGUCUGCAUCCUCAAUGAGCAUUAUACAAAGUUUGUGUAAAUAAAAUUUUUAUUUUUUACAUAUAAAGGCUUGCAUGAUUUAUUGUCUGAAUACCGUGCACUGUGUUUUACGUUCAGUUGUUUUCCCCUCACUGUUUUGUUUCAAUUUAGUAAAAGAUGGAAAUGUUUAAUUACAGCAGUUUUUUGAAGAGAAAGAUUUAACAUUCAUAUACAACAAUGCAAAUGUUUCUAGCUAUACAAAUCAGUGUAAUGUGUUGUGCUAUCAAAUGUGUCAGAUUUGAUAAACAAGUUAGUUAAAUUUGAAAUGUUUAUACUACCUUAAUAACACCACAUCUGGAAUAAAAUCAUAUCAAGAACAA